AUGGAAUCCGAUUACCAAGCCACGCGACGCGUUUGCAGCGAUGCGUCACACCGCGCCACCAACGGACGCGAAGCGGACCGUCAGACUGACACACCCGACGAUUUUCGCUUCGACGAACCGGGCCGGCCGCCCCACGACUUCGUGUACUCACCUUCAUCAUCAAAGAACGAAUCUGUGACGAUCCUCGGCGAUCUGGAUCCAUCUGGCACUCCCCGGAUCGACAUUCUGUCCGAUGUU